AUGCUCUUGAAUCUUGGACUCACCGCGGAUGCCGCAGCUGCGCAUCUGGACGAGCUGAUCAGCAGUCCGCCAGAUCCAUCCACCUUCUCGCUCUCCGCCCUGCCCUUCCUCGGACGAGGCAUCCUCUCGGCUCGCGGGAAACCCUCCGAUGAUCGGAUAUCCCCGGCAUCCAAUAUGGCAAUGAGUCCCAUUGAAUCGGUGCCGAGCGAGGGUGAGCAAGAACAGUCAGCACCACCACCGCCGCUCGCUCGGCCUCGGACCAGUCACUCCUCCGCUCCGCGCAAAUCGUCCACGCGGCCCAAAACAUCCUACCAACUCGCCCACCCCGCCGCUCAUGCACGUCACAAACGGUUGAGGAUUCGCCCGAAGCUGUUGCUGCAACUCCAGCAGGUGUCGCAGACUCCCCGACCCUUGCCCAUCUUGGACAUAUUGCCCUCAACCCUCUAUCGACCACUUCUGGCUCGCAAGUUCCCGGCCAUGUUCCGUGGCAAGAAUGGUCUGGGCCCGAAUGACUUGAUUAUCGUCAGGAGCGAACUAUAUGAGCAGACAAUGUCAGGCAUCCCCGAGAAACACGUGAGUUCGGAUGAUGAAGGUGAAGACCACCGGGAUGUGGUGGCCACGAUCUGCCAGUUACUCCAGGGCGACGCGCGAUCCAAAGGCAAGGCGGAGAUGUGCCUGACAUUUGGGCCGGUUUGGGAGGCGACACCGUUGCCCAGUGGGUCAUACGAGUUCGUUGCCCAGACCGAGGCCGGGUUGCAGGUCAUGCGCUGGGCCUUGCGCGGUAACAAGAACCGUCGAGUGUCGACGCCCGUAGGAUCACAGUCCCGAGAGGAUGCCAAGCGGUUCACAUUCAGCGUCAUCGACCCGGCUACGCGCCGCCAUCCCGUCAUUGCCUCCAUGACCAAAAACCAGCUAGAGGUGUUUGAUGAAUAUCCCAAGACCGUUCGCUCCAGCCCGGGCCUAACAACGCCCAGCUCGGGCAUGUCGGUAGUCAGUGACGCGUCUGACAUGGACACACCGCUUGAUCAGGAGGUGAUCACGCUUGACAAUGGCCUGCGGACCCUCAUUAUCGUCACCGGGAUCUGGGUAGCUUUUCGGGAAGGCUGGUCGCAUAGCUUCAGCUACAAUGACCCGAUUUCUAGCCCGAAGUCACUUGCGUCCCCAACAAACUCAAAACACUGCCCUCCAACAACGGCAAAAACGGUGAAGACCGAGCACGAUGUUCUCCCGGACAAGGAGAUGAUCAGUUCAGACAGAGAGUCGAUUCAUGUCAGCAAACGUUGUAUGUCCGUAUCAAACAUACGUCGCUCCAGCACAUCUCCUGCUGAGCAGAGCAAGCAGAAUGGCGGUUUAUCCCGACGAUCCAACUCAACUGGCGCCGCAUUUAUGGAACGAGCGAAGCGACGUGCAGCCUCGGGGUUGACCACCCGGCUGAAUCGGCAAAGCAUGAUUCCAGACUCAACGGAGCACGGCCACAAUGCCGUUAUCUCCCGGUCCAGCUCUCUACGGCAGGAUUCAAUCAGCUCCGUUGAUCCGGCUCCUCGUACUACUCGACCGGAAACAGGAGCAAAAAUAAACAGCACAGCGCCCAAGCCCGUGAGAACACCAGAUGCAGAGCCACCAAAACCACAUCCGAGGCGCCAUAAUGAGCGAUCUGCCGAAUCAGCCAACCCGGACGUCAAUGGAGACACCGCCCAGUCCAAACGGCGCAACCGUCUCAGCUCUUUCUUCACCGUCUUCAACCGAAAAUCGGACCGUUAA